CCAGAACCCCAGUUCGGUUCCCCCAUAUCUAGCGGUCGACGCUCCGCCAUCCUUCUCCAGGACUGCCAAGCCAACCAGCAAGUCGAUCUUCUUCUUCGGCUCUUCCUCUGCUGACAUCGCUCGCUCGGUUUCUUGUUGGAUCGUCGAGCCCGGCCGGAGAGCAGAGGCAGCUAACUGACAGCAGCGCGCGCGCAGAGGAGAAGCGAAAUGGCGGCGGCGACGAUGGGCGUGGUGCGGGUGCUGUGCGGCGCGGAGAAGGAGCGGGUGGUGGGCGCGCACAAGGCGCCCGGGGCGUGCCCGCGCUGCGGCGGGGCCGUGGUGGCCGUCGACGUGGAGAGCGAGCGGCGCGUCCUCGGCCUGCCGCUGUGCCUCAAGAGCAAGCGCAAGUACUCCUGCACCCGCUGCCUCCGCCGACUCGUCACCCUCUGCGGCUGAAGGAUCGGACGAGGCACACACCCUCUUGUUGCCAGCGCCAGGCCGCCAGCCGGCCGGUUGUCGCCGAUGAAGCAGCUCCGAUGGCUCGAGAGCUCGUCAUUUGACAAGUUAAUGAUCCGCUUCAGUUUCUUGACUAAGGGUGCCCGUCAAUGUCCUGCGCGGUAUGGCCAGCGUGUUCCUCCUAAUCAGUGGCGGACCUAAGUCCAGACAAUCCUGGGCUCUUGCCCAGGCUCCUAUUCCUGCUGCUUCAACGAUGUCUCUCUGCUUCAACAAGCUAGCUAAUCGGUGCUUCUAGCUAGUUCCCUGUAAUAAUGUAAAUGAUAGUACGUACUCCCUCCGUUUUUUUUUAUUAGUCGCUGGAUAGUGUAAUUUUGUACUAUCCAGCGACUAAUAAAAAGAAACGGAGAGAGUAAUUAUCAGGGCUCGUAGUCGUAUGGCGACCGGCACCGGCGGUCAGCAGAGGCGGCGAGCCGGCAACCAUGCGAAAAAGAGGCCGCUCGCUGCGGCCGUCACCAUCUUUGCUUGGAAAUAGUGUAGUAAAACUAUUCAUAGUACUGUAGUAAAGAGAGUGUAACUUUCUGUUGGUGCUC